UUCGCGGUCCUUUCACCUUCUCAACGUCUUUCAACUCUUCAACUCUACAUUUCCAUUUCCCCCUUCUUCCUUCACCGUUUUCUCUGUGCCAGGGUUCGAAAUGGAGGCGAAAAACAUGGUUAAGAACGACGAUCCUGCAGCAGAGUCCCCAACUUCGGUCCUCGAAGAUGAGGAUGUCUGUGGCAUUAAAGAAGAAGUUAAGUCAGAGGAAGAGGUGAUUGCUGAUGUUAAAGAUGAUGGGUCCUCUCUUAUAUCGAGAACAAUGGCAGAGGAGGAAGAGAAGUUGCUCAAAGCUAGAAUUAAUGAAGAGAAGGCGCAGUGUGAGGAGGCAACUGACCUCAGUGACACACAGUUCAACAAAUUGGAUGAGCUUUUAACGCAAACCAAACUGUACUCUGAGUUUCUACUGGAGAAAAUGGAUGACAUCACACUUACCAUGGAUGGACAAGAGAACAUGGAUGAAGAGAGCAAACCAGCAGCAAAGAAGCGGAGCCGUGGGUCUAAAAGAAAAGCAGCCUCACAGUGCAAUACUAGGAAGGCCAAAAGGGCAGUUGCUGCAAUGCUUACGAGAUCUAAAGAAAGUGAGAGGACUGAAGAUAUGAACAUGAGUGAGGAGGAAAGAAUUGAGAAAGAGCAGAAAGAGCUCAUGCCUUUACUGACAGGUGGAAAGUUGAAGCCUUAUCAGCUGAAGGGUGUAAAGUGGUUGAUUUCAUUGUGGCAAAAUGGGUUGAAUGGGAUUCUCGCUGAUCAAAUGGGUCUUGGAAAGACAAUCCAAACAAUUGGAUUUCUCUCACAUUUAAAAGGGAAAGGUCUGGAUGGACCAUACAUGAUAAUUGCUCCUCUAUCAACCCUAUCAAAUUGGGUGAAUGAGAUUUCUAGGUUUGCACCAUCGCUCCAUGCCAUUAUCUACCAUGGUGACAAGAGACAGAGAGAUGAGACUCGGAGGAAACACAUGCCUAGAACAAUUGGCGCGAAUUUUCCCAUUGUCAUAACUUCUUAUGAGGUUGCCUUAAAUGAUGCAAGGAAACAUCUGAGGUUGUACAAUUGGAAAUAUCUUGUUGUUGAUGAGGGACACAGACUCAAAAACUCGAAAUGCAAAUUAGUGAAGACAUUGAGAUACAUAAAUGUAGAAAACAAGCUUCUUCUAACUGGGACACCUCUUCAGAAUAACUUGGCAGAGCUAUGGUCUCUGUUGAACUUCAUUUUACCUGAUAUUUUCUCAUCCCUUGAAGAAUUUGAGUCAUGGUUUAAUCUGUCAGGAAAGUGUAGUAAUGGAUCAACUAAGGAAGAACUUGAAGAGAAACGAAGGACGCAAGUAGUAGCAAAACUUCAUGCCAUUCUUCGACCCUUUCUCCUACGAAGAAUGAAGUCUGAUGUUGAGAUUAUGUUGCCACGGAAAAAGGAGAUUAUUAUCUAUGCAAACAUGACUGAGCAUCAGAAGAAUUUGCAGGAUCAUUUAGUUAAUAAGACAUUAGGGAACUAUUUACCAGAAAAAUUGUCAAUUAGAUGUGCUGCAAGUAAGCUUAAUAAUUUGGUUAUUCAACUUAGAAAGGUCUGUAACCAUCCAGAUCUCUUGGAUUCAGCCUUUGAUGGUUCAUAUCUAUAUCCUCCUGUAAAUGAGAUAGUUGAACAAUGUGGAAAAUUCCAUUUACUGGAUCGAUUGUUGCAACGUUUAUUUGCAAGGAAUCACAAAGUUCUGAUCUUCAGUCAGUGGACUAAAGUGUUGGAUAUAAUGGAUUAUUAUUUUAGUGAAAAGGGCUUUGAGGUUUGCAGGAUUGAUGGUUGUGUGAAACUGGCUGAAAGAAAAAGACAGAUUGAGGAAUUCAACGAUGUAAACAACGAUUGCAGAAUCUUUCUUCUUUCUACUAGGGCUGGUGGAUUGGGAAUUAACCUCACAGCAGCUGACACUUGCAUUCUUUAUGACAGUGAUUGGAAUCCUCAGAUGGAUUUACAGGCCAUGGAUAGAUGUCAUAGAAUAGGCCAAACAAAGCCUGUUCAUGUUUAUAGGCUGUCAACAGCUCAAUCUGUAGAGGGUCGCAUGUUAAAAAGAGCAUACAGCAAAUUGAAACUUGAGCAUGUGGUAAUUGAAAAGGGACAAUUUCAUCAAGAACGUACAAAAUCUGUUAGUAUGAAUGACCUGGAGGAAGAGGAUGUUUUGGCAUUGCUUCGAGAUGAAGAAACAGCUGAUGAUAAAAUGAUACAAACAGAUAUAAGUGAUGAAGAUCUGGAUAAGCUCUUGGAUCGUAGUGAUCUUGUUUUCGAUGGACCAGCCAGUACUUUUCCCCUUAAAGGGCCUGGGUGGGAGGUGGUGAUUCCAAGUGCAACGGGAGGCGUGCUUUCUACUCUGAGCAGCUAAAUUUCUUAUCACUAUAUAAUUUGAAUGGCUACAUAGAAUUUGAAAAAAUUCCCUUUUGGGGUAUG